AUUGGGAAGUGUUCGACCACCGAAGCGUUGUCGCAGCGAUAUGGAUACCACAUCGGCAUCAGAUAUUGUUAUCAUUCAUGGUAACUCUCAUCCAGAUUUGGCCAAUUUAGUGGCCGAACGUAUGGGUGUUAAGAGUGGCGGCUGUUCAGUGUUUCACAAAACAAAUCGUGAAACAAUGGUGGAGAUUGGUGAUUCUGUAAGAGGCAAGGAUAUUUAUAUUAUACAAACGGGAACCAAAGAUGCCAAUAACAAUAUUAUGGAAUUGUUAAUUAUGGCCUAUGCCUGCAAAACCUCCUCGGCCAGAUCAAUUGUGGGUGUGAUUCCAUAUUUGCCCUAUUCGAAACAAUGCAAAAUGAGGAAACGUGGCUGCAUUGUUUCCAAACUAUUGGCCAAAAUGAUGUGUACUUCGGGUUUGACACACAUCAUUACCAUGGAUCUGCAUCAAAAAGAAAUUCAAGGAUUCUUUGAUAUACCUGUUGAUAAUUUAAGAGCUUCACCAUUUCUGUUGCAAUACAUUCAAGAGAGUAUACCAGACUAUCGUAAUUCAGUUAUUGUUGCCCGUAAUCCUAAUUCAGCUAAGAAAGCCACCUCAUAUGCUGAACGUUUACGUUUGGGCAUUGGUGUCAUCCACGGUGAACACAAAGAAGCUGAAAGUGAUCAAGUUGAUGGUCGUUAUUCACCACCACCCAACAGUUCGUAUGAUGUAGCAGAUACAGUUGAAAUGUGCUUACCAGCAACACCUAGUCGUGCUCGUACCAUUUCUGUAUCGGUUGGUGUACCCGAACAUCCACAAAAAGUUAAACCUCCAUUGAAUCUAGUUGGUGAUGUUAAUGGUCGCAUAGCUAUUAUGGUGGAUGACCUGAUCGAUGAUGUCCAAUCGUUUGUGGCCGCUGCCGAUGUUCUGAAAGAGAAUGGUGCCUGUAAAAUUUAUGUAUUGGCCACACAUGGUCUGCUUAGUUCAGAUGCGCCACGCCUAAUUGAGGAAUCUGCUAUUGAUGAGGUUGUUGUUACCAAUACCAUUCCACAUGAGGUACAAAAAUUACAAUGUCAUAAAAUCAAGACAAUUGAUAUUUCCAUUUUAAUUGCUGAGGCAAUUCGUCGUAUCCAUAACAAGGAAUCCAUGUCUUAUCUCUUCCGUAAUGUUACAUUGGAGGAUUAAACAAGAAAACAGAAA